AUGUCUUGCCCAGCAACCGUUGUUGCAUUCAUCAACCGCUUUUUCCGAGAGCGAUAUAUAUUUUUGCGCGAAGAUUGGCUUCAAGCCGCGCUCGAUUAUUUAUCUACUAAAAAUUUACGAUCAGUAAGUUUUAUCUUUUUUUCUAUUACUGCAUUACUUAAUUGUCCGUUUUUAAAUAUCUGUGUUCCAGGACUCAUCAAAACUUGCGGCCCUUGUUUUUGAGCAGUGGAAAUUCUCAAACUUCAGGGAAUCUUCGGAGCCAGUUUUUUCUAAACUCGGCCUACUCCCCACUUCAAAAAAAGCUGUUCUAAAGAAUCCGAUUGUUUGUCAGGUUUUACUCUAACAAAUUUCUGGAUUAGAACUGAAUUUCUUCAGAUACACUGUAUCAUUGAUGUGGGAACGUCCUAUUAUUCACAAUUCUCUCGACUAAGCUCGACUUCUCGAGUUGAUAACACCGGUUUCGAGGCGGUAUUUAAUAAAGAAGAGAACGACAAUGACGAAGUGAGAAAUUAGGAAAGUUGUCGAAAUGACCUUUUUGAAUUUUCAGAAGUCUUCUAGAAUGCUCCGGUUGACAUUGGACGACGGCGAAUCGCAGCUCAAGGCUAUUGAGCUUGUACGAAUCCCGAAACUCUCCUUGUACAUCAAACCCGGCUGCAAAGUUGGUGAUCUUUCGAGUAUUUCUUGAAUAUGAUCCGUUUUGCAGAUACUAAUUUCGCCUCCGUUAACCUUGCGAAAAGGAACUUUCCUUCUACUGCCGGAAAACUGUCAAGUUCUAGGUGUCAAUGAAAUAAUUUUCUCAGUUGAUAGUUGUUUUGAAGGCGGCGAGUGUCUGCCUCAAUUAAACUCUGAAAGGCCGCUCGAUAAGUACAGAGAGAUUCUGGGACUUCAGGAGAAAAUGUGAGAGCUUUCUUUUUUAUUUUUCAAAUGAAAUGGCGGAACUUAUUUUCAUAUUUUAGUGAAAUAUAAAAAAACGACCCUUGAUUAGAAUAAUUGGAAAAAAGUUCAGGGUGCCCCGCAAAAAGGAAGAACCUCAGGUUGGAGCCCGCCAACGGUCUUCUCUGAUAAAAGCUUCCGCAGAGCCUAAUCAAACCAGAAAUUAUUCCUCCUCCCCUUCUAGGUUGGUUCAGAAGUUUAAAAAUUACUUUCAUGGGAAUUUGCAGAAUUACUUUUAACGACGACGACGUCGUCGAUCUUUCAGACGAUGAGGAAGGUUUUCUGUUCUCUCCAUCGCCCAAAAAGCUCCCUUCUCGAAUGGAAAAAGAGCUAAUCGAUAAACCAACGAAACGUCGAGCUGUCGAAAACGUCGUCAAAACUCCGAAAAGACGCGUGGAAUUCACCGAAAAACAAGUUUUCUUUUUUCCCUGUAUUUAAUUCUUCUAAUUGUCAGAGGCCUGUGAAUGGAAUGCUGAGCACGUCUCGUCCGCAGUCUUCCUUCGAAAAUAGUCCUCUGAAAGCCGACGAGGAACCCUUGAAUCUUACCAAUCUAAAUAUGUACAAGGUCAAAAAAGAGGUUUUUCGAAAAAGUUAUCUUGUUAUCAAUCUUUUUUCUUAGAAAUCGGACGACAGUGACAUUGAAAUCAUUGAACUCGAUCCGCCUCUUCUUAAAACUGUCAAAAAAGAAAUUAAACAAAAGGUUGAAAUUUUCUAUCAAGUUACCUUAUUUUCAUAGUUUCAGGUUGUGAAACUGUCGCCCGAAGAGUUAAUAAUAAAAAAGUUCAAAGCACUGGAAAACGUCAGUAUCGAGGAGAUUAUGAAAAGGAUGCGGUUCUGCGUUGGAUCUCGUCGCGUUAAUAUUGUGGUCAGUUGGGGAAAAAAUAAAGUGGUCAUUUGAGGGAUUUAAGUUCGAGACUUUUCCAUAAAUCAAAAUAUUUACCGUUCACAUUGUUUUUUUCGGAAUCAUUGAAGGAAUUGGUAGAAAAAUGCAAUUUGUUUGGAAAUUCUUGUAAUCCUGAAGUUUUAGACAAUUUGAAAAAAACUUGAUAAAACUCGAAAAAAAUGAGCUUGGAGUUUUUUUCGGCAAUAAAAAAUUUCUUAUAUCGAGUUGUUAACUUUUUUUUACUUUCAAGGAUUCGCAAUCAAGACUGUUUCAUUUUGUUAACGACUAAAAUGAAACAGUCUUGAUUGCGAAUCCUUGAAAGUAAAAAAAAAGGGGUUUUUUCUGAUUUCAUGAGUUCGCCGUAGUAUCGACCGAUCUGUUCAUAGGAGCUUUCAAAAUGUGCGAAAGCGAGAAAAGAACAGAAAAAGGCUGGUAGCCCACGUGUUUUAUUUUUUGAGGGAUCGAUUGAGAAGGUCUUGGAUCCGCUGCGGAUAGUGGACGGUCUCUGGACGAUGAAGGUCUCUUUGAGAGACGACUCCAAGUCCGUCGAAAGCCUCAUCGACAACAAUUGCUUGGAAAUCCUCAUCGGAAUGUCCUGUGCCGAGGCUUUGGUCACUUUCUGUUCUUUUCAAGUUCUCUAUAAUCUUGUGUCUUCAGGCGGUACGUCAAUCCACAGACAUCGAAAGACGGAAAAAUGGGGCGAAGCGUCUAAAAGGCACCGAACAACAGUUACAGCGGCUGGAUCUGCUCUUCGAGGUUUUUGACUCCGAUCUAUCGUCAAUAAACAUCGAAAGAGGGAUUUUUAGGUGGAGUUUUUCAACGAUCGAUCUCUCUCGCCGGUCAUCCGCUCAGUUAGGACGAUGGCCGAAGUCUUGGACGUGUUUUGA